GAGGCAGCCCCGCGUCCCGGCCGGCCCCCAUCGCCGGGGCCGGGGGAUGCGGGGCGGGCGCGGGGGCGGGCGCGGCGCCCCGCGGGGCCCCAGGUGAGCGCGGCGGGACGGGCCCCGCUCCCAGCCCCGCUGCGAGCCCCGCACCGAGCCCGCAGCUCCCGCACCCAUGUCCCGGCCCGGCAGCCCCCGGCCGAGCCGCCCGGAGCAGCCCCGAGCCGAGCCGGUGCCGCCGCCAGAGGUGGCUGAGCCCUCGCUCCCUGCCCCGAGGCAGAUCCCAGCGCUGCCACCGGCGGAGCCCCGGUCCCCCGCCCGCCCCGCGGUGCCGAAGAAGGAGAAAGGCCUGGAAGAUGACAAAUCCCCGGCAGUGCUGACGAAAGGCCCCCGGGCCGAGCUCUGCGGCGCUCCCGAAGCUGUGACAUGCCAGCCCCAGGUGCGGCCACCCCCGCAGCCCCCCGGGCCCUGCACCCAGCUGCUGCCCAACGGCGCCGGCCGGGCGCCGGACCCGGGCGGUGCCAACGGGACCUGCCGGGCCGCGCCCAGCGCGCAGAAACCGCCCCGAAAGCUGCACUCGCACCACUCCAUCCACAGCCAGAGCAGCAAGAAGAGCAAGGGCAGCUCCAAGUCGCCCUCUUCCCACAUCCCCAUUGAGGCGCAGGAAGAUUGCUGCGUCCACUGCAUCCUCUCCUGCCUCUUCUGCGAGUUCCUGACCCUCUGCAACAUCGUGCUGGACUGUGCCACCUGCGGCUCCUGCACCUCCGAGGACUCCUGCAUCUGCUGCUGCUGCUGCAACUCGGGCGAGUGCGCGGACUGCGACCUGCCCUGCGACAUGGACUGCGGCAUCAUCGACGCCUGCUGCGAGUCCGCCGACUGCCUGGAGAUCUGCAUGGAGUGCUGCGGGCUCUGCUUCUCCUCCUGAGGGGCCCCGCCGGGCGGGGGGACCCACACCGGGACCCCCCAGGCUCUCCCGCAGCGGGCGAGGCUCCGGCCAGUCCCUCGGGAGACCCCGAGGAGGAGGAGGAGGAGGAGGAGGAGGAGGAGGAGAGCGAAUCCCCCGCUGGAAUUCUCAUCCUUGGAGCCGGAUCCUGCCCGGGGAAGGGUGAGCCCAGAGGGCCGCGGGGGCUCUGGCACUGUCCUGUCCUGCUCUACCUCUGCCAGCACUGGGGGACCGUGGGAGCCUCCUGCCACCUGAGCCGAGAGCAGGAGCGCCCGUCCUGCAGAGCCACCCGAGGACUGGGGACACCCGUCCUGCAGAGCCACCCCAGCAUUGGGGACACCCGUCCUGCAGAGCCACCCCAGCAUUGGGGACAGCCUGUCCUGCAGAGCCACCCCGGGUCCUGGCCUUGGGGACAGCCCAUCCCGCAGAGCCACCCCAGCAUUGGGGACACCCAUCCUGCAGAGCCACCCUGGGUCCUGGCCUUAGGGACAGCCCGUCCUGCAGAGCCACCCCAGCACUGGGGACAGCUUGUCCUGCAGAGCCACCCUGGGUCCUGGCCUUGGGGACAGACCAUCCCACAGAGCCACCCCAGCACUGGGGACACCCGUCCUGCAGAGCCACCGCGGGUCCCAGUUCUGGGGACAGCCCAUCCCGCUGCCACCGCCCCAGGACAGCGCUCCGGGGUGCUCACGGGGGUGGCACGGAGCAGGGACAUCACCACGGCUGGGUCACCCCGGGCUCCGGGAGAUGCUGGAGCCUCCAGCCCGGCUGCGGGGUCCCGAGCUGGGGGACGCGUCCUGCCGGGCCCCCUGCCCUCGGUGCCAAGUGCAAUACCCGCAGCCCGACCCCCUCCUGGAAGGAGCUUUUCCUGCAGCUGUGCCGAGCUGUCACCGAGCUCCGUGUGUCCCCUGGGUGUCCCCCGUGGGUCCCAGGGCACAGCGGCUCGGUUGGUGCCAAAUGACCCCCAGCAGUUGUUGGCCCCGUGCCACCAUCCCGGGGCCAGGGUGGGUGGCUGGGUGGGGGUGGCAGACACCCCGCUGACGGGCUGGGGAGACGGGAAGGGAAGUGUCACGGUAUUUUUUUGGGUGGUUUUUUUUUUUUUUUUGGUUCCUUUUUACUGUAA